AUGUGGAGAGCGCGGAAAGGACGUGCAGCGGCCCGAGCCCUGGUCCUGGCCGCUCUGUGGCUGACCGUGACUGGGCGCCCCCUGGCCCGGCGAUCCCUGGCCCUGUCCGACGAUGAGGGGCCGCUCGUUCUCUACGGCUGGGGCAAGGUCACCCGCCUGCAGCACCUGUAUGCCGCCGGUCCCCACAUCUCCAACUGCUUCCUGUAUAUCCGGAGUGACGGCUCCGUGGGCUGCGAGGAUGACCACAAUAAACGGAGUUUGCUGGAGUUCCGCGCGGUCGCUCUGAAGACGAUUGCCAUCAAGGACGUCGAGAGCGUGCAGUACCUCUGCAUGGGCCCGGACGGCAAGAUCCGGGGGCAGACUCAUUACUCGGAGGAGGACUGUAGCUUCAGGGAGGAACUGGACUGUUUAGGCUUCAACCAGUACGAAUCCCCGAAGCACCACCUCCACAUAAUCCUCAUCAGGGCCAAGGCCAAGCAACAGCUCCGGGACCAGAAGCCCUCCAACUUUCUCCCUGUGUUCCCGCGCUCCUUCCUGGAAGCCAAGGAGCAGCUGGAGUCGGAGGUGCUCCCUCGGUCCAUGGAGAGCGACAGCAUGGAUCCAUUUGGGAUGGUGGAGGAUGGAGAAGUGGUGAAGAGUCCCAGCUUCCAGAAGUAAUGGGGUUCUGGCAGGAUGGAGAGAACCCCAAAAUCCUAGCAACUUCCCCUUAGGAGCUUGUACAUAUUCUAAGUCUCCCGUGGACCAUGUGUGCUUUUAGUGGCUAGACUUGAUCAUGAACCUAAGUUGACUGCCUGCCUGGUUGCCGUCCAAGCCCCAUUGACUUCGGAGGCUGCAGACAUGGGGCUCGGUUGCUCCAGUUCUGUUUGAAUGCCUCCACUAAUGGGGACUCACUCCUGUGAAGCAUUCUUUAAUUUUGAGCCAAAUCUGUGAGACUGGGCAGUUUUGAUGAGGCAGCUGGCAGAUGUGAAGUCAAAUGACAAAAUUCUCGUACAGGAGAUAGGCUCUGAAGUAAUAUGUUGACUGUCAGGACCUCACGGGGUCUCAACUUGUCCCCCAAGUGCCUCCUGGGCAGAACUGAUGGGGCCACAAAUUUGGGGAAAAAAAGCAGCCCAGAAAACCUUGGGGGCUUUACAGGAUGGUUUGGGGAUUAAAAGUUCCAGCUGACCCCUUAGCUUCCCCUUCUCCCUGCUUGGAAGUGACCCUCAGGAGUGGCCUCCAGCCUGGUGGAUAGUCACUUCCCCUUGUGCCCCAGCAGCUUAUCUUGGUCAUGUGACCCCAGAAUCUGGAUCUGCCCGUUCUACCCCCUUUCCAGAGCAAGUAGCAGGUAGCUCCUUAGCCAUCCCAGCUCCUGGCUCCUGCCCCUGACCACUAACCAUUGCGUAGACCAGUGUCAACUGCCUGUGUCCAACUGCACCCCUCAUUGGCAAACAAGCAACAAGAUUAGGAAGCCCCCAAACUUGCAGUGACAGCAGGGGAGAUGAGUCCUCUCCCCAGCACUUACUUGGCAGUGUGGUAUUUAUAAGUAAUUUAUUUUGUAUACAUCUCUUAUUUUCUUACUUUAUUUAUGCCCCAGGUCGUAUUUAUGUACAUGGUGUGUUUUCUACAUUAAA